AUGGCAGGGCCCAGUGCGCAGCAGCAGCUGCAACUGCUGCAGCAGCAGCAACCGCCGCAGCUGCAGCAGCAACUGCAGCAGCCGCAGCAGCCGCACGAGCAGCUGAUGCAGCAGCCGACUGAGCAAGCUUUCCGGGGGCUCGCAGCGCAGCAGCUCCAGAUGCCCCAGCAGCAGCAGCAGCAGCAGCAGCAGCAGCAGCAGCAGCAGCAAUCUCUCUAUCCCGCUCCAUCCAGUUUGCCGCCCCCUCGGGGUUUUUCUGGCCUGGCGUCUCCCGUUGCCUCUUCUUUUCCACCAUCAGCAGCAGCAGCAGCAGCAGCAGCAGCAGCCGCAACACCAGCAGCAGCUGCAGCAGCUAGCGUUCCGCCUGUGCCGAGUAUGAGUCCUCUGCAUCAGUCGGCUCAGCAGCAGCAGCAGCAGCAGCAGCAGCAGCCGCUGCAGCAGCUGCCACAGCAGCAGCAGCCGAGCUUGCUGCCUUAUUCUCGCCCCGCGCCCCCAUACAAUUUUUUCUCCUUUUCGGGCGGUCCGAAGCCCUUCCUGCAGCAGCAGCAGCAGCAGCCGCUGCAGCCGCUGCAGCAGCUGCAGCAGCAGCAGCAGCAGCCGCUGCUGGCCUCCGCUGCUGCUGCUGCUGCGUGCGGCUUCGGCGGGGCGUCUUCCCCAGUGCGUCAGCAGCGGGCGACUUCCUUCUUUGCUGCUGAGGGCCCCCUCGCGGGCACCCACAGCAGCAGCAGCAGCAGCAGCAGCAGCAGCAGCAGCAGCAGCAGCAGCAGCAGGAUGGGGGCGGAGGAAGUGAAGCGCGAGCUGCUGCGGCGCGGGCUGGAGUGCCCCGAAAGCCUCUGGAAAAGCCCGCAGGCCGAAGAAGUCCAGGGGCUGCUGUCAGCAGCAAUUAAAUUUGUUUUUGGACUUUCACUGACACAAAUUCGAGUUGAAGAAGCUGCCGGCGAGGCCAAGGCUGCUGCGCCCGACAGGUCUGCUGCUGCUGCUGCUGCUGCUGCUGCUGCUGCGCUGCUGCUGCUGCUGCUGCUGCUGCUGCGCUGCUGCUGCUGCUGCUGCUGCUGCUGCUGCUGCUGCUGCGCUGCUGCUGCUGCUGCUGCGCUGCUGCUGCUGCUGCUGCGCUGCUGCUGCUGCUGCUGCUGCUGCUGCUGCUGCUGCUGCUGCUGCUGCUGCUGCUGCUGCUGCAUUAUUUAUUACUUGCUAUUUGGUUUUGCUGCUCAGCCGCCCCUUCUUGACUCUGGAGGGCCGCACCCACCUGAAGGGCAUCGGGAACCUUCGCUGGUUUCGAUACUGCCAGAAGCUAGCCAAGUGCAAACCCUAAACCCUAAACCCUAA